GAAAUGGUGCUCUUGCAGAACAUUCUGAAAAUGUGCAUAUUUCAGGAGUGUCAACGGCUUGUGGAGAUAUUCCAGAACAAAUUCGAUCACCAAGCGGGACAAUCACAAGUCCAGGGUGGCCCUCUGAGUAUCCAGCCCGAAUCAACUGUAGCUGGUACAUUCAUGCAAACCCAGGGGAGAUCAUUACUAUAAGCUUUCAAGAUUUUGAUGUUCAGGGAUCACGAAGAUGCAGCUCAGAUUGGUUAACAAUUGGAAGCUACAAGAAUAUUGAAGGCUACAGAGCGUGUGGCUCCUCCAUUCCUUCACCGUACAUCUCUUCACAGGAUCAUGUUUGGAUCAGAUUUCAUUCAGAUGAUAGCAUCUCCAGAAAAGGCUUCAGAUUAGCCUACUUUGCUGGGAAAUCUGAUGAACCAAAUUGUGAUUGUGACCAGUUUCAUUGCGCUAAUGGGAAGUGUAUUCCAGAGAGUUGGAAAUGUAAUAAUAUGGAUGAAUGUGGAGACAACUCGGACGAAGAAAUCUGUGCCAAAGCUAAUCCUCCGACAGCUUCUUCCUUUCAACCUUGUGCCUGUAAUCAGUUCCAGUGUCUUUCUCGUUUCACCAAGCUUUACACUUGCCUUCCAGAGUCUUUAAAAUGUGAUGGUAACAUUGAUUGUCUUGACCUAGGAGACGAAAUAGACUGUGAUGUGCCAACAUGUGGGCAGUGGUUAAAAUACUUUUAUGGUACUUUCAGUUCUCCCAACUAUCCUGACUUCUAUCCACCUGGAAGCAACUGCACCUGGCUGAUAGACACUGGUGAUCAUCGCAAAGUAAUUUUGCGAUUCACUGAUUUUAAACUUGAUGGUACAGGUUAUGGAGACUAUGUCAAAAUAUAUGAUGGAUUAGAGGAGAAUCCACGGAGGCUGUUGCGUGUGCUAACAGCAUUUGACUCUCAUGCUCCCCUCACAGUUGUUUCAUCCUCAGGACAGAUAAGAGUGCAUUUUUGUGCUGACAAAGUGAAUGCUGCAAGAGGAUUCAAUGCUACCUAUCAAGUAGAUGGCUUCUGUUUGCCAUGGGAAAUUCCAUGCGGUGGAAAUUGGGGUUGCUACACAGAGCAGCAACGCUGCGACGGAUACUGGCACUGUCCAAAUGGAAGGGAUGAAACCAACUGCACCAUGUGCCAAAGAGAUGAGUUUCCCUGCUCUCGAAAUGGUGUUUGCUACCCUCGUUCAGAUCGCUGCAACUACCAGAAUCAUUGCCCUAAUGGUUCAGAUGAAAAAAAUUGUUUCUUCUGUCAGCCAGGAAAUUUUCAUUGUAAAAAUAACCGCUGUGUGUUUGAGAGCUGGGUUUGUGAUUCUCAAGAUGACUGUGGUGAUGGCAGUGAUGAAGAGAAUUGCCCAGUCAUUGUGCCCACGAGAGUAAUAACCGCAGCUGUCAUUGGGAGUCUUAUUUGCGGAUUGCUGCUUGUCAUUGCACUGGGAUGUACCUGUAAAUUGUACUCACUCAGGAUGUUUGAGCGAAGAUCAUUUGAAACUCAUUUGUCAAGGGUUGAGGCUGAACUGUUAAGAAGAGAAGCUCCUCCAUCCUAUGGACAGUUAAUUGCCCAGGGUUUAAUUCCACCAGUUGAAGAUUUUCCUGUUUGUUCACCAAAUCAGGCUUCAGUUCUGGAAAACCUGAGACUUGCAGUACGAUCUCAGCUUGGAUUUACCUCAAUCAGACUUCCUAUUGCUGGCAGAUCAAGUAACAUUUGGAAUCGAAUUUUUAAUUUUGCAAGGUCACGUCAUUCUGGAUCAUUGGCAUUGGUCUCAGCAGAUGGAGAUGAUGUUGCCGGCCAAAGUACUAGUAGAGAAGGUGAAAGAAAUAAUACUCACAGAAGUCUGUUUUCAGUUGAAUCUGAUGAUACAGACACAGAAAAUGAAAGAAGAGACAUAGCAGGAGCAGUUGGUGGUGUUGCUGCCACCUUGCCUCAGAAAGUCCCACCUGCAACAGCAAUAGAAGCAACAGUUGGAGCAUGUGGGAGUUCCUCUGCUCAGAGCGGCAGUAGCGGUAACACGGAUAGUGGAAGAGAAGUGACGAGCGUAGAGCCCCCAAGCACAAGUCCUGCACGUCACCAGCUCACUAGCGCGCUAAGUCGUAUGACUCAAGGCUUACGCUGGGUACGCUUUACUUUAGGGAGAUCAAGCUCAGUGAAUCAGAACCAAAGUCCUUUGAGACAGCUUGAUAAUGGGGUAAGUGGAAGAGAAGAGGAUGAUGAUGUUGAAAUGUUAAUUCCAGUCUCUGAUGUAGCAUCAGACUUUGACAUGAAUGACUGUUCAAGACCUCUACUUGAUCUCAGCUCAGAUCAAGGACCAGGGCUUAGGCAGCCUUACAGUGCAACACAUCACGGUGUAAGGUCAUGCAGUCGAGAUGGCCCCUGUGAAAGCUGUGGCAUCGUACACACUGCCCAGAUACCUGACACUUGCUUAGAAGCAACAGUGAAAAAUGAAACUAGUGAUGAUGAGGCAUUAUUACUCUGCUAGGUACGGAUUGUUUAGGAAAGAUUGUGUACAAGUUGGAGCAAUAUCUGUCAUUGUUUUGUACUUCACAGUUAAAACUAGUUUUUAGUUUUAAAAAAUCCAGGACAACAUUAUGUUAAAACUAUUUUAGCCUGUGUGGUUGAUUAAACAUUUCUUAUACUGGAUGAUGUUAUGGAACUAUUAGAGUGAACAUUUUAAUGGCUCUGAAUACACGAUGCGUGUAUCCAGUAUAAUCUGAUUACUCUUUAAACUGAAGUUAUCCCAGUUAGUUUCAAAUUUAGUUUAUCCUGGUACUGUAGUUCAAACCAGAAACAUGGCUGCUCAAGACUUAUUUGGCUGCCUGUUUAACCCCAUAUUAACAGGUGAAUUUGUACAGAAUUACUUUCCUUUAGGAAUUGACUCUGUUGUAUUAUUGCCAACAUACUUGUAACUUAAUAUACUAAAUACUGGUAAGGAUUGUUAAUGUAAAAUAUGUACUUUUCUUUGAGUUUAUAAACACUUUGUCUAAAUAUUCUUGAAUUUCAUCAUAAUGUGAACUUAUUUAAAGGGAGGAGAAACUUUCUCCAGGAGCAUUCUUUUUCUUUCGGAAGUACAAAAUGCAAUGAUUUGUGAAAUUUAGAUUUAAUAGAUAAACUGAUGGCAAAAGCUUUUAUAGCACUGACUUUCCUAAACUGCAAUCUAAUAUGGUACAACCAAAUAGUAUGUAAAAUCCCCAAUCAUUAGUCUUUUCGAUUUGAAGUAAAAAAGGGCCGAAGAUAUUACAAUAUGUGUUAGUUCUUUAAAUAUCCAAUAUGUACAAAUACACUACAGAAUAAGUUCCUUUUUUUUUCCCUAAUACUGUAGGGUAUAACGCUUGUUUGGACUCAAGGGAUUUGCACUAAAAUCAUAUUAAGGUCUCUAAUGAGCUUAGUGCACAAGCACUAUCACUUUAAGUACUAUUAUUGUCUAAUAUUGCAAU